UAGAUACAACAAUGACUUUGUUGAAUUAAAGUUAUUGGGUAAAGGUGGAUUCGCUAGUGUUUGGCAGGCAAAGAAUAAAUUAGAUGGCAUAGAAUAUGCUAUUAAAAAAAUCAGUUUACGAGGUGAUAAAAUACCACAAGAUAAAGAAAAAGAUGAAAUUAAAUCUGAAAAUUAUAGUGGAAUUGACUUUAAAUACGAUAAUUCUAAUAGUGAUAUAUUAUCUUCUACCUCUGUCACUGGUGUCAGAGGGCGUUCUUUAAAUCUUGAUAACUCUAAAAGUGAUCUUUCAAAAUCUUAUUCUCGAUCUGCUGAAAAAAACAAUUCCGAUUCUUUUGCUUUAGAAAGAGAUUGGGUUCUUUUUAUUCACCUUUACCCAAUAACUUUAAUUCAACAAA